GUUGACAUCUAUCUUUCAGUUUAAUUUUAAAAAGUUGUUGAUUUAAUUUAUAAACAAAAACACUCAUCAACGAUAGAAGAAAAAUUACAAAAAUGAUUAAAACAGAGCCUUGGACUGGUGGCACCGACGAGGAGUAUGAAACACAGCAUUUCGGCUUCGGCGCCCAACGAUUCAAGAUAGCAGUGCGCCAAAUGAUCGAACAGAAAAUUCAGUCCGGCGUAAAGGACAUGGAGUCUUUUCUUAAAAAAUCAGUGAAAUCAACCGACGAAGACAACGUUGCUUUAACAGAAGCUUGUGAGAAACUUGUGCGCAUGUACUGUGAGAGGGCAGGACCCUGUCUGGAUAAAAUAGAUGAAGAAAUCACGCUUAUGUUACAAGUGCCUCAUAACGUGUUAUUACCUGAAGAUGAGAUUCAACUUGAACAGAUAACUGAUGAGGAUUUUGAAGAGCUGCAGAGGGAAGUCCAUAGUUUACAAAGGAGGGUCGAACAGAGUGCACUAAUGGCAGCUUUAUUAACAGCUGAGGAAGAGGAACUGUCAUCAGUUGAAAAGGUAUGUGAAGUAGCCAAAAAAGACAUGGAGGGGCUUGAUGUAUUACAAAAGAAUCUAGAAGGAAGCGGGAAUGUUAAGAAUCUGUUGACUGAACUUCAGUUUCUGAGUGCUAGUAUGCCGUUGAAACAGGAGUGUAAUGAUGACAUUUUAGAUGACUAAGAUAAGAUUAUGAAUGUCAUAUUUUGUGUCUGUUCUAAAAAAAUAAUUUAAUAAGUAUAUAUUCAGUAAACGUUUGCAACUUGGUUA